AGCCAGCCUAGAUGGUCCUCUUGUCGUCCCAUUUUCAAAUUGUAGUGAACCUCUUUAGUGGCUUGGUCAAAGUAAACAAGACUUUGAAUUGUUCAACCUUGUCAAAAGUCAACGAUUGGAGAAAAAUGAUAAAACUUUGGGUUUUAAGUAUCUUGUACAAUCUAUAAAGCCAGGAGUUGCAGAGAUUCCCCAAGAAAGCAUGGCUACACACAAGAUUUGGGUGAUGUCUCUCAUAAUAGUAGGAGCGAUUCUAGGAGGAGUAAUCCCUGAAACAAAGACAGUGAUCGCUUGUCCUCUCUAUUGCUUACAAGUAGAGUACAUGACUUGUUCUUCCUCCGGGGACGAAAAGCUUCCACCGAGAUGCAAUUGUUGUCUUGCUCCCAAAAACUGUACUCUCCUCUGAUUCUACUUCUAUCCAUUGU